CUCAAUUAAGUAAUUUUGCGCAGUUGAUUAUACGAACUAGUAACCGUAAUACUUACGCAUUCAGAUUGCAUAGUUUUUUUUAGUCAUUUGAAAGCUUGAUUUACAUAUUUAAUAACUGGAUAGUAUUAUUAUUACACCGUUAUCUUAAGCUGAUAAGACUUUUGACUUCAUAUUAUUAUUUGCUAGCAUCACACGCACGGAUUUUCAGAGUUACAACAAUGAGUUCAAAAACGCGUGUAAUAGUAGACUUAGAUGCUGGAUCAGAUGAUGCACACGCCCUGUGUAUUUUACUACACGCAGAAAAAAUUGGUAAAAUAAUUAUAGAAGCAAUAUGUUGUUCCAUGGGAAAUUCAUCUGUAGACCAUAUCUGUAAGAAUGUUGUCAGAAUUCUUGAGACUGUUAAACGAACAGACAUACCAAUUUAUAAAGGUUGUUCUGGACCUAUACUUCCAAUGGAAAGUCCGAUACCCAAGUUUUACGGGGAUGAUGGUUUCGGAGAUUUAAUUUAUGAUGAGGAACCAGAUCUAAGUAUUAUUAAAAAAACACCAUCAGCCAUAGCAAUGUCUGAAAUAGGUGAAAAGUAUCCUGGAGAAGUAACCCUUGUUUGUUUAGGACCUCUUACCAAUGUAGCACUUGCUUUGAGAUUGUUUGACAAUUUCAAAAAAAAUAUAAAGGAAAUUCAUCUAAUGGGUGGAAAUUAUACAGCUGUAGGAAAUAUUACAUGCACUGCAGAAUACAACUUUUACAUUGACCCUGAGGCUGCUUAUGCCGUCCUUGAAAGCGUAAUAUGUCCAGUUUAUAUGUGCACUUGGGAGUCAUGUUUAAAAACCAAUAUUUCACUUAACUGGCGGUGGAAUAAACUAGGUAAAGUGCAACAUCCAAUUGUCAAACUUAUUACUAAUGUUGAAAAGAGUAUUUAUUCCAAAGAGUCCAAGACUUCCAAGUGGCUGCCAUGUGAUGCCUUUUUAGCAGCAGCUUUAAUUUAUCCAGAAAAACUAAUAAAGAAGAAAAGUCAGCAUCGUGCUUCAGUAGAGUUACAUGGAUCACAAACAAGAGCACAGAUUGUUUUAGAUCACUUAAAAAUUAAAGAGCCUAAUGUUACGGUUAUUGAAAAAGUUGACUCAGACUUUUUCAAAGAUCUUAUCUUAGAAGUUUAUGAAUCAUUCAAUAAAACCUAAGAGUCGUCUAAAAUCCAAA